GAGAGUUGGAGAUUUGGGUUGGAAACCGACUGGGUGCAACCGGGAGCCUCAAACUUGCCAAAACUAAGGAUUCUUUUUCUCUUUUUUUAUUUUUUUUUUUUAUUCGUUUUCUUUUUGUAAUUCUUCUUCUGAGAGGCAGAGAGAGAAAGGGGGGGAAAAAACCACCCCAUUUUUUUUCCUCCCCCCCCACCCCACUUUGACUACCCACAGCAGCACCAGAGCUGGGCUGGAGCACGUUCCUGAGAGCAGAUUGCAACUUUGCAGGCGCCUGUGACCCAUCUCGGUGGUCUCUUCUCCUCCUCCUGUGAGCUGCCGUUAACAAAUCCAACUCUUGCAAACUUUUUCCCCUUCCUGCCCCCCUCCUCUCCAGCUCUGCCUCGCUUUCUCCCUCCUUUCUCCCCCAUCCCAGCCCCAGCAGGCUUCCCGCUGGUUUGCAAAGACUUUGCCUCUUAUUAUUACUACUAUUUUGUCGUCCCGCCUCCCCCCUCCCCUCUCCCCACCCUUUGAUUUUCAUCCUGCCCCCACUCUGCCACCUUCUCGCAUGAAUCUCCUAGACCCCUUCAUGAAAAUGACAGAAGAGCAGGAGAAAUGCAUCUCUGGCGCCCCCAGCCCCACUAUGUCGGAUGACUCUGCAGGCUCUCCCUGCCCCUCUGGCUCCGGAUCGGACACGGAGAACACCCGGCCCCAAGAAAACACCUUCCCCAAGGGGGACCCGGACCUCAAGAAAGACAGCGACGAGGACAAGUUCCCCGUUUGCAUCAGGGAGGCUGUCAGCCAGGUCCUCAAGGGCUACGACUGGACCCUGGUCCCCAUGCCGGUCCGGGUGAACGGAUCCAGUAAGAACAAGCCGCACGUGAAGAGACCCAUGAAUGCCUUCAUGGUGUGGGCUCAGGCGGCCCGGAGAAAGCUGGCUGACCAGUACCCCCAUCUGCACAACGCCGAGCUGAGCAAAACCCUGGGCAAGCUCUGGAGGCUGCUGAACGAAAGCGAGAAGCGCCCGUUCGUGGAGGAAGCCGAGCGGCUGCGGGUGCAGCACAAGAAGGACCACCCUGACUACAAGUACCAGCCCCGGAGGAGAAAGUCGGUGAAGAACGGGCAGUCGGAGCAGGAGGAGGGCUCGGAGCAAACCCACAUCUCCCCCAAUGCCAUCUUCAAGGCCCUGCAGGCGGACUCCCCGCAGUCCUCUUCCAGCAUGAGCGAGGUGCACUCCCCCGGGGAGCACUCUGGGCAGUCCCAGGGCCCCCCGACACCACCCACGACCCCCAAAACAGACGUCCAGCCUGGCAAGCAAGACCUGAAGCGAGAAGGACGCCCCCUGCAAGAGGGAGGGCGGCAGCCGCCCCACAUUGACUUUCGAGACGUAGACAUCGGGGAGCUCAGCAGCGACGUCAUCUCCAACAUCGAGACCUUCGACGUCAACGAGUUCGACCAGUACCUCCCACCGAAUGGGCACCCUGGAGUCCCAGCCACUCACGGGCAGCCUGGCCAGGUGACCUACACUGGCAGCUACGGGAUCAGCAGCACCGCCGCCACCCCGACCGGGGCCGGGCACGUGUGGAUGUCCAAGCAGCAGCCACCGCAGCAGCCGCAGCCGCCGCAACCGCCGCCGCAGGCUCAGCCCCAAGCGGCGCACACGAUGACCCCCCUGAGCGGCGAGCAAGGGCAGUCCCAGCAGCGGCCGCACAUCAAGACGGAGCAGCUGAGCCCCAGCCAUUACAGCGAGCAGCAGCAGCAUUCGCCGCAGCAGAUCAACUACAGCUCCUUCAACCUCCAGCACUACAGUUCGUCCUACCCGACCAUCACCCGCUCACAGUACGACUACACAGACCACCAGAGCUCCAACUCCUACUACAGCCACGCUGCCGGCCAGAGCACCAGCCUCUACUCCACCUUCACCUACAUGAACCCCACCCAGAGGCCGAUGUACACCCCCAUUGCAGACACUUCUGGGGUCCCCUCCAUCCCCCAGACCCACAGCCCACAGCACUGGGAACAGCCGGUCUACACACAGCUCACUAGGCCAUAGAGGCAAAGAACAACCUACAGACAAAAAAAGCAAAAAACUUCCGCAGACUUUCCCUCUUUAAACCAAGAAAAAAAAGAAAGAGACACUCGAGCUUAAAGAUGAUGGGAGAGAGAAAGAAAAGAAAGAAAAGAAAACACAAGGGUCCUUCUGCACUACAGCAUCCUUCAGGAGGUGGCCAGACCACUCUGCUGAGAACCAGCAAAACUUGGUACAGACCUUCCAAGGACUGGACUUUUCACCUUGCAUCCAGGGUGAGAGCAAACAGAUGAGAUUUCCACCCCGCCGACUCAUCUGCCUGUGUUUGGACUUUUGUAAUGAUUUUUAGCAGUAAUUAAAAGAAAAGAAAAAUGAAAAAAAAAAAAAAAAAAAAGCAAACAAACAACCCAGAGUCCUCUGUGAGGAAUAUUCUCUAUUUUAAAUAUUUUUUAGUAUGUACUGUGUAUGAUUCGUUACCGAUUUGAGGGGAUUUAUACAUAUUUUUUAGAGAUUUUUUUUUAAAUGCUCUUAUUUUUCCAACAGCUAAAAUGACACUUAGUGGAACAGUCCUAGCUUUUCUGGCAGUCAGAGGUAUUUUUGUAUAGAUAAGCAUCUUUUUUCUUUAAAAAACAAGCAAAAAAAAAAAAGAAUAAAAAGAAAAUAAAAUGGUGUGCGUUAACUCAGAACAAAAAAAGCUCUGUUAAGUGAUCACCAUCGGGCUUAGCUAUAGUCAGCCGUGCCAGCUGGGAGAUGCCAGGUGAGGUUGCAUCGGGGUUAAAAAAUAAAUAACACAGGCUUUAUUUUUCUAACUAAGAAGGAAAGAUUGCAUCCAGGAGGAGAAGGUGUUCACUUUGGAUUUUAAAGACCUUUAGCCUUAAAGCAAUGCUGUUGAAAAGCCUUAAAAGCCGCCCUGGGAUAGUUGCCCCCCACCCCAAGUCCCUGCACGAUCGUUAUAAGUCUCCCACUUUUGGGACAAAGACCAGGCUGAGAAGGGAGGCAGCUCUGAUUUCUGGGGAGACGCUAAGGUCUGACACUUUGACCAACGAUCAGCAGCAGAUGAUGAUGCCAGUCCCCUGCCCCCCUAAAGCUCCUCUGCUUCCCGCAUAGGGACACCAUGUGCGAGGCAGAUGCUGGGAGCCGAGGAUCGCCUUCCCGGUCCUUCCAAGUUCCUGGAGUGCAAACAGUCAGGGCCUGAUCCAGCGCUUGUACACACCGCCUCUUGGUCUCACGCGGUCUUUGCUCAGGCUCUUCGAGCCCAUUGGAGACAUCUGACACCUUUUAGAUUAUUUAUUUUGCAAGAAAAGCCUUUUCUUUUCAUCGAGAUUGUCCUCCCUUCCAGUUCAAACUCCUUUAAAAACCGAUUCAGAUUUGUUGGAACCUUAUGCGGAGGGUACGGCUCCUAUUAAAUUAUGGUCUAAACCGUAACCCGUUCUUUAUUUAUCUGUUUAAUUCUUUUUAUUAUUAUUAUUAUUAUUAUUGUUAUUAUCCUUUGGAAUCUGUGUCCUAGGUUUGUACAACGUGUCCUCUUCCUUUUGGUUUUUUUUCUUUUGUUUAAGGAUAAACUGGAAUUUUUUUGUUCUU